AUGGCCUCGUCCCUGCUGAGUAAGCCUGGGGAAAAAGCCACUCAGGCCAUAUCAGCUAAAGAUGAGGGGGGCAGCAACAUAAAGAAAGGAAAGAUCCAGGGCCGCGAGUUAACAGCCUACCGCCCUCCCACCCCACCAGCAGCCACGGGCUUCCAUCGCUACCAGUUCUUUCUCUAUCCUCAAGGAGAAAAGAUCAUCUCUCUCCUUCCCAAAGAAAACAAAACUAGAGGCUCUUGGAAAAUGGACAGCUUUCUGACCCGCUAUCAGCUGAAUGAGCCUGCAGCAAGCACCCAGUUCAUGACCAAGAAUGCUCAGGACCCAAAAUAAGAGGAGACAUCAUGGAGUCCAAGUCCAAGGACAAGCAGAGAUAACUG